UUAUUUUGAUGUGGUGAGUGUAUGCAGGUUGGGAAGGUGAGCGUGGAAUGGUUAGCGGGAGAGAAGACCAAAGUGGUUGGGACAUUUCCACCCAGAAGGCGAGGCUGGACAGGUUACGUUGAGAAGGACACUGCUGGACAGACAAACAUCUACUCUGUAGAGCCUGCAGUUUAUAUAGCAGAGAGUGCUAUAAGCUCUGGAAGUGCAGGUUCUUCUUCUGAAGGUGCCGAGAAUACGGCUGCAAUAGCUGCCGGUCUUGCACUCAUUUUUGUCGCUGGAGCUUCGUCGAUACUUCUCCAAGUUGGCAAAAACCCACCUCAAACACAAACAAUUGAGUACACUGGUCCAUCUCUUACUUAUUACAUCGACAAGUUUACGCCCCCAGAAAGCAUCCAAGCAACGGUUGGGCCUGCCACGACUGAAUCCGAAUCUCCACUACCUGAGCAACCUUCGGCACCAGAAAUUUCUGAGACGCAGGUUGAGUCUGGAUUGCCAGAGCCUUCCACAGCUAACACAGAGAGUGUCUCUUAGGAAUGUUGGCAUAAUUUCUUUUAAGGGUACAGCUCAAAAGAUAAUAACCUUUUAGUUCAUACAUUCUUGGAAGGGAAAUAUCAUAUCACCACAGUUAUAUAUAUAAGAUGUUAUUCUUUUUUAUAACAUAACAACUAUUCGAUA